CCUAAUGUCGCUGGUGCCAUUUGCUUCAACUCCCUUCCAUCAACUCUACCGUAAAGCAGUAUGGAACGACAACAAGCCAGGCUGAGUAGAUGAUCGCUUGAGCAGUGAGAACAGCAAAAGCGACAGACAGUGGGAGUGGAAGAUGAACGUAACCCCUGGGCGUUUUCCAAGGCCGCCUAGACAGGCAUGGAAGAGUUGGCCCAGACACAUGAUGCCAACCUUGCAAAGAGCCAAAAUCUACUACUUCCACCCAUACUUCCAACAAACAAUCCACAGGGUUCCAAUAUGCCAAGUGGCUAGAACAACAUCUACCACCUAGUAGAUUAAACAGUCGACUGCCCCGUGAUAAUCGAUACACAAUAUCUUUCGGACAACACAGGCAGUAGAUAAGACAAAUAGAUAGCUAGCAUGCCUAAAGACGGAGACCCUCGUUCCAGUCCAAACCUGCCGCUUUCGUCCGGCUAUUUUAGGCACACGAACAACCCCUCAGCCAACUCUCACGUCCAUUCAACGCCAGAAAUCCACGCCUACCGCAUGAACUGCUUAGACCUCAAGACCGCAUCCGCGGCUGCUACUUUUCGUGUUCGACAAGGCGCGCACGCCGUCCAAUCACGCGGGGGCAGGGCACCCUCUCGAAUAUCGAUCAACAUCCGCAUCAAGGGUUGCCACCAAAGAUUCCUUUGUCACAUCUGCCGUCGAUGCUUCGGAUACCGCGCGCCCACAGUCUCUGAGCCGAAAAGAGGAAAGAUGGAGAAAACGCCACCAUCACGAGGCUAAGGACCGCCCCUCCACCCCCCUCCCCCCCCCCGGCUUGUCCCCAUAGACUGUCUGUCUCGACGGUAGCGGCGGCAUCUCACGUCCAGACCCUGCUAAGCUAUCACGGCAUGGCCAGCCAGAUCUGGGGGAGACGAAUGUUUUCAACCCUCGGCUUCGAAGUCUCAUGCCGCGUCAAGUCGUCAACAGAAGACAUUGCCAAGUGGCUUCAACAUGUCUUCCUAGCUUCGUUAUAUCCGAACUAUGUGCCGCCUGUCAAACAGUGUCGGCAUUCUUCUUUCCUUCUGUAAAUGUGACCGACAUAUAUGUACUGCGCUCGUCCCGCCCCGUCCCAGCCAGAUUGAUGGUGGGUGUUUUCAAUCCUUUCGUUUCGAGUCUUUCAAUAGCUCUCGUCCCACAAUCCAUGUCGGAAGGGAGCCCAAGGUUUUCUCAAAAUGCUACCUACCGUGUUUAUCGCCCUCUCCGGCAGCAUCCUGCUCCCCCGCGCCCGAGCCGACGAAACACCGAUCCUCAGGAGCGUAGGCUCCCUGCUAUCCUCUGGGGGCUCAUUCUUCGGUCUCCCAAUCAACUUCGCCGCCGUCGGCGUAUCAUGCGGUACCGGCAGUGUGGUGUGCAACGACCACUGCAUGCCCAUCGGAAGCAACUGCUGUCCCGUCGAGGGCUACUGCGAAGCUAACGCCUACUGCUCCGGGGACGGAUGUUGCCCGCUUGGCAAGGUGUGCUCCGGGCCUCCUGCGAAAUGCGGCGACAAGCAAGUGCAGUGCGGCCUCUACUGCAUGCCUGAGGGCAAGGUGUGUUGCUCGAAUGGCGAACACUGCGAUGCCGGCAAGACGUGCGUCCCGGGCGGCUGCUCCGACACUGGUAGUGGAGAGUGCGAGGACGGAACGUUCGUCUGUGGCUCCAAGUGCAUCCCCUCCGGCAAGGUGUGCUGCUCAGAUGGAAGAUACUGCGAUGCUGGGGAGACGUGUACCCAGGACGGUCUUUGUUCGAAGCCUGGCGGAAAUAGUACCAGUACCGGGUCAUGCGGUGCAGGAAAGGCCGCUUGCGGCACCAAAUGCAUGCCUCUUGGCGCAGUGUGUUGCUCCACCGGAUACUGCAGCGCAGGCGAGACAUGCAACGGGAGCGGAUGCUGCCCGUCCGGCAAGGUAUGCUGCCCCACUGGGGGAUUCUGCGACGCUGGAGAGAUAUGCGCCGGAGAUGGAAAAUGCGGCAAGAACAGCAGUGACGACAAGCCGUGUGGUACAGGACGCGCCGCUUGCGGGAAGGAUUGCAUGCCUCUCGGCGCCGAGUGCUGCUCCGGAGGCGGGUACUGCGAUGCCGGGAAGAAGUGCCACCUCGACGGCUGCUGCCCGAUUGGCAAGGUAUGCUGCCCCAACGGCGGAUAUUGCGAUGCCGGGGAGACUUGUGUCGCCGGCGACAAGUGUCUCAAGAACGGUGGGAUCGGAAGCGGCAUUACCCAAAAACCGACAUCAAGCGUGCCCCCGACGGCCGCCCGUGCAACGACCUCGAGCAUACCCCAGACCACGGGGGUCGCCCAGGAAACACCGGCGCCGAUGUCGCCGAGGACCACGUUUGCUGCCCUGGGAACGUCAUAUAGCGAGGGAUUCCCGGACGCUACAGGGACGGACUUCGACGGCAUUGUCUUUGAAACCUCGAGUGUCAUGACGCCAACAUCUACGGACGCGCCGGGUGCGGCACCACGAUUGAGAUUCACCAACCGCGCUGCCUUGGCCGCGGGCUUAUGCAUGGUUGUACCGUGGGUCGUCUGAA